UUCCAAGCCGCAAGCCCCAAGCCCCAAGGGAAAUAGUAUGAGGCCAUUAACGUACACUUCCAUUCCAACAACCCUUCCAUAUUUACCGUUUUGCCACCCCCACCCUCACCCUCACCCUCGAUUUCUUCCCCCUUCUCACCACACCCGGUCUACUUUCCCGUCGAUCAAAUGCCAAUCUGACCCAAACCCGAAUUUCUUAUCGAUUUCCCGACAAAACCCCGGAAUUUCUCUUUCCUUCGUGUGUUUUGCCUCCGAUUCAAUGGCGGCACCGGCAGAGAGCAGUGACAGUGACACCAAACCCUUCUCUGUCCUCUUCGUCUGUCUGGGCAAUAUUUGUCGGAGCCCAGCAGCAGAAGGCGUCUUUAGAGAUAUUGUUAAGAGACGAGGGCUUGAUUCAAAAUUCAAGAUUGAUUCCGCCGGAACCAUUAAUUAUCACGAGGGAAAUUUGGCAGAUCCAAGGAUGAGAAGUGCUGCUAAACGUCGUGGGAUUGAUAUAACGUCGAUAUCCAGACCGAUUCGGGCAUCUGAUUUUGAGGAAUUUGAUCUGAUUCUUGCAAUGGACAAUCAAAACCAAGAGGACAUACUGAGUGCUUUUGAUGUGUGGAAAGUUAGAGCAAAUCUCCCAUCCGAUUCAGACAAAAAGGUUAAGCUAAUGUGUUCUUAUUGCAAGAAACAUGACGAGAACGAAGUUCCCGACCCAUAUUAUGGUGGAGCUCAAGGUUUCGAGAAGGUCCUGGACUUGCUUGAAGAUGCAUGUGAGUCAUUGCUUGACAGUGUUUCAGCGUAGAACAGUUAAUGGCCAUCCAGUGGCAUCAUUCAUCACAUCAGAUUGUGAAUUCGAACUGAAAAUUCUUGAUGACAAUUUAUAUCUUUAUAUGUAAAACAUCAAUUUUAUAAAAAUUGGAAAGAGGGUAAUUUCCUAAUGAAGUUA